AGAAUAUAGAGAAACAGAAACCAACCACAAGAAAGGGAAAAAAAAUACUGCUGAAAUGGAGAGAAAUGGAGGCCUUUAAAAGGAUAGAAGGGAACCCAAUUCCCCAACUCACUUUCUAUAUCUAAUUCUUGAACUCAGUUCAGCCAGGAUGAUCCAGAUUUCCCGGCCAAUGAUCCGGAAGCUACGGGAGCCGAUCGAUGCCGGCAACUGGGCCUUCCGGGCUGCCCCGAGCCCGGCGAGCCCACGGAAGCGCAACCCGCUGUCGCCCAAGGGGUGGAAGAAUCGGGAAUCGGAUGGCAUUGGGCUGGGCAUCGUGGCGGCCCUCGAGAAGACCGGCGGCGAGGUUUCGAAGAAGCUCGUCGCGGGUGCACCGAUGGUGAUUACUUCUCCGAGGACCGCCGGAAGACGGCCGAUUGGGUGUGCGGAUGUGGGUGAAUUCGGGUGCAGCAGAAGAUGCGCCGCCACAAGUGUGUGUUGCAGUACGGGGGCUAAAGGUGGCGAGGAUUUGAGAUGGAGGGAGAUGGGUCACUCUUCUGGGUCAACUCACGAGGUCCUGGAAGAUGCUCGGGCAUUCCAGAUAGCCGAUUUUCUCAGUUAUUGCUACUUGUGUAGGAAGAGACUGCAUGGCAAAGAUAUAUACAUGUACAGAGGGGAGAAGGCAUUUUGUAGUAUCGAGUGCCGGUACCGGCAAAUCGCAAGCGAUGAGCACCAGGAAAAAUGUGGAUCAGAAGCUUCAAAGCCAUCUGAUGUCUCGAGCUCACCCCACACCGGUGGCCGGCUCUUUUUCACAGGCAUCGUUGCGUCCUAGCACUGGAAGCUAUCAAUGGAGGACUGUUGAGGGAGGUUGAUGGCUGUGAUGGAGGCACCAGAGAGCAUGAGAAUCAGCAAGUGGACACAGUUCAUACACGGCAAUGUUAGCAUAAACACGAGGUGGAGUAGUAUCAGCGUAGCAAAAUUUUGGCAACAUGAGCUUUGAGAUGUAAUCUAUGAUUGGGGUUGAAGAAAACAGUAUCCAACUUUGAAAUUUUCUCCCUUAAUGUUUGGGAAGAUCAUUUGCUUCAUAUCAUCUUGUUUGAUAUAUAUUUGAGGGAGUAGAAUGCAUAGGAUCAUGUUAUCAAAC